UGCUAUCGUGUUCGUGACAACAAAUCGACACCCAGAGAGAGCACGUUGAGAAACUCAACAAAGUUGCCCUAAAUGGGUACGAAUUGGGGGCGGAAGCCAUUCCAAUUCUAGUUUGGGUUCAAACGAUGUCGAUGUUUCUCCCGGCAAAGCAACUUUUUGACUGACUGUCAGUGUAUCUUUGGGAAAGAACAUCGCAGCUCAAACAGAAUAGUGAGGGAAACAAUGGAUGAUACAUGUGCUGUCUGUGCUGAGACUCUUGAGUGGGCAGCAUAUGGAAGAUGUGGACAUCGUGAGGUCUGCUCUACAUGCAUUACUCGUCUCCGAUUCAUUUGUGAUGAUCAUCGCUGCUGCAUCUGCAAAUCUGAGUCCAAUAUCGUCUUUGUCACCAGGGCUUUAGGAGAUUAUACAAGAAUGAUAAAGGAUUUCUCCGUCUUUCCAGUUGAUCCAUCAGAGGGUCAACUUGGGCCCUACUGGUAUCAUGAAGGCACACAAGCAUUCUUUGAUGACUUUCAUCACUACAAAGUGAUUGCUGCAAUGUGUAGGCUUUCGUGCAUUGUUUGCGAAAAGAAAGAUGAGCAAGGCAGUGAAAGCUCAAAGAGAAGAGACAAAUUUAGGAACAUUGGGCAGUUGAAGAGCCAUUUAUUCCACCACCAUAAAUUGUUCAUGUGUACUCUUUGUUUGGAAGGCAGGAAGGUUUUUAUAUGUGAGCAGAAGUUGUAUACUAGAUCACAAUUGAAUUGGCAUAUAAAAACUGGUGACUCCAAGGUUGAUGGUAAUGAUAGUGAAAGAGGUGGUUUUAUGGGUCAUCCUAUGUGCGAGUUUUGCCAAACUCCGUUUUAUGGGGAAAGUGAGCUGUACGCUCACAUGUCUACCGAGCAUUAUACUUGCCAUAUAUGCCAAAGGCAGCACCCUGGACAUUACGACUACUAUGGGAACUAUGAUGACUUGGAGAUCCAUUUCCGUCAAGAACAUUUCUUAUGUGAGGAUGAAGCAUGCCUAGCUAAAAAGUUCGUUGCUUUUGCAACUGAAUCUGAAAUGAAGAGACAUAAUGCCAUGGAACACAGGGGGCACAUGUCUCGUUCUAAGCGUAAUGCUGCCCUUCAGAUACCUAUAAGCUUUCGAUACAGAGGAACUAGGGAGCAAGGUCAAAGUCGAGGAGAACAUGGCUCUCAUGCUUCUUAUUUUGACGAUCAACUUGAUUUGGGGAUUCAAGCCAGUCUCGAGGCCGCCAAUUCUAAUGAACACCGUGUCACUUCAUCCAGUGUCCAUGCGGAUUCUGGUCGUAGAGAAGCUAGUGAAAUUGAUUCAGUUCUUGGGUCACUUGAAUCUUUGCCUCGUGUACCUUCUCAGCUGUCUUCUGGUUAUAGUCGGGCUGCGCAAAACUCAAGGAAUGUGCUGUUAGACCAAUCUUUCUUUCCUCCACUUCCUGUGGCUGCAACCAGCAUUCGCCAAAACCACAGAAACAACUCAGAAGGAUUGGGGCAGAAUACAAUGGCUACUGAGCUUUAUCAGUGGAAGAAUGUAACUGUGCGUGACACAUCUAGAGCUCGGUCAGCAGUGAGUCGACAACCUACUGUUAUAAUAGGUGGUUCUUCCCAGUUAAGACCUAUGUCUGAUUCUAUACAUCCAUUAUCAUCUGGGUCUGCCCGUUCUGCUACUAAACCAGCAACAGGUGAUGGACUUGUACCAUCUAAUUCUUCGAGCUCUCGACAGAUUAGAUCAACAAACACUGAUGGAGUAUCAGCUAGUUCUGCCAGUUCAGCAACAGGUACUAUAAAUAGCUUAAAGGGGGCCCAUUCUGCUUCAACUCCAAACCUUAUGAAUAGUGAUUCUGUGGGGCCUGCUAUAUCUGAUUUUCCUCCUAUUUCUUCAACAAAUAACAACAAAUUGGCUGUGAACACCCCUUCACCUGACAUUGAAGAUGUUCGGGCUGCUAACAAGUCUCUUGUGGAGAGAAUCCGUGCUGAUUUGGAAUUUGAUGAAGACAAAUUUGCUGCAUUCAAACUCAUAACUUCAGAAUAUCGGAAGGAUUUGAUGGAUGCAUGGGAAUAUCUUGCUUAUGUGUAUCAGUUUGGACUGCCGCAUCUCGUCCCUGAGCUAGCUAGACUGUGUCCUGAUGCUCGGAAGCAAAAAGAGCUCUUUGAGGCUUAUGACAGUAGCCAGUUGAAACAUGAGAAAAGUUCGAAAAAGGGUAAAGAGAAGUGCGAUGAAGAUAAUGGGAUCAGUAGUAAAUAUCGUGCUUUGGCAGAUUGCGUCGUGAGAAACAUGAGGGAAUUGCAUUUAAACUCCAAACCUUCUGAAGAAGUGGAGAUCUUGUCAAAGGAUGAUGAGCAUUGCUCUGCCAAAGGCAAAUCAAAGGUUCCAGUUGAUGACAAUGGGGGCGACUUGAAUUCUGGUCUUCAUCAGCCCCCCGGUGGUCUGAGGAUCCAAAACCAUACUCAGCCAGCUGCCGACACCCCAAAAGCAAGUCCGGGGACUAAAGGAGGAGGAAACAAGCCCCGGAAGAAGACCUCAAAAUUCUAUCGAGUUCGCUUGGGCGACACUUCAUCAGAAUCAGAUUUAGAUUACACAAACUCCGAUCCUCAUCCUGGCCCUGGUCCUGAUCGCGAAGUCUUCCCGGUUCAAGGAGCUUGGCGCAAUGGGGGCGGCCAGAGACUCGUGGCAAACUGGCGAUUACCGGGAUGGAGCGCUGAACAACAAGAUUUUGCUUAGCCAUACCAGUUAAAGAAAGAAGAAAAGAAAGAAAGCAACUGUCAUUGGGCUGAGAAGUGGCUUCUGUGCAGUGUUAGUUACCCACUACUUAUUUAUAUAGUCGUUGUGGGUGGGUAGGUGUGUUCUUGGCCUCCCUCUCUCCCAGUACUGUGAAAAUCUAGUUUCUGAGUACAGGUUUUAGUUCUUGGUGGUGGGUAUAGUGAAAUGGAAGACUCUUUGUAGGCUUGCUUUUGGUUGUUAUUAGAAGUUUUGUCAUAAUAGGGGUUCUGUUACUCUCUUUGGUAAGAUGCUCUGUGUUGGUUUGGGGGAGUUUUUGAGUGUUUUUUGUGUAAUCUUAAACAUGGCAUGCUCAGGCUCAGCUCUGUGAUAUAUAAUCUGUAAUUAUAACCUUCUGGAGAAAAGGGCUAUUUGCCAUUCCCCAAUUUGAUCUUUUGUUUGUGUUUAUAAGAAG